GAAAAGGCUGCGGCGCGAGGGCGAGGGCCGGACUGGGGGCGGGGCGGCUGCGAGUGUGAGGGGCGCGCGGGUGACAGGUGCUGGGGCACGAGGGUGGCGGUCUGAGACCUAAGGGGAGAAGACGCGGUGGCAGCGAUGCUGGAGACCUUGCGCGAGCGGCUGCUGAGCGUGCAGCAGGAUUUCACCUCCGGGCUGAAGACUUUAAGUGACAAGUCAAAAGAAGCAAAAGUAAAAAGCAAACCAAGGACUAUUUCAUAUUUGCCAAAGUACUCUGCUGGACUAGAAUUACUUAGCAGGUACGAAGAUACAUGGGCUGCACUUCACAGAAGAGCAAAGGAAUGUGCAGGUGCUGGAGAGCAGGUGGAUAGCAAGGUGGUUAUGCUGUCAGCACACUGGGAAAAAAAGAAGACAAGCCUGAUAGAUUUACAGGAGCAGCUUCAGCAGCUUCCAGGUUUAAUAGCGGACUUAGGAUCCGUGACAGCAAAUCUGACUCAUUUAGAGGCUAGUUUUGAGGAGAUAGAAAACCACCUGCUGAACCUGGAGGAUUUAUGUGCACAGUGUGAAUUAGAAAGAUACAAACACAUGCAGUCCCAACAACUGGAAAAUUACAAGAAAAAUAAGAGGAAGGAACUUGAAACCUUCAAAGCUGAACUAGAUGCAGAGCACACCCAGAAGGUCCUGGAAAUGGAGCACACCCAGCAAAUGAAGCUGAAGGAGCGGCAGAAGUUUUUUGAGGAAGCCUUCCAGCAUGACAUGGAGCAGUACCUCUCCACCGGGUACCUGCAGAUAGCAGAGAGGCGAGAACCCAUGGGCAGCAUGUCGUCCAUGGAGGUGAAUAUCGACCUGCUGGAACAGAUGGAGCUGAUGGACGUAUCCGACCAGGAGGCCCUGGACGUCUUUCUGAAUUCAGGUGAAGAUAAUGCUGUGCUGUCCCCCGUCUUAGGCCCUGAAGCCAGUAUCGGUCAGAAAGAAAUUACUCUUCAGGUUCCAAAUCCCUCUGAAUUACGAGCCAAGCCACCUUCCUUAUCCUCUGCCUGCACUGACCCAGCCACCCAGGACCCCAGUGAAGGUGGGGGGUCCCCCAUUGUUCAGUCUGACGAGGAGGGAGUUGAGGUGGACACUGCCCUCGCCACUUUACACACCGACGACAGUGACUCCUAAAUCUGGGCACUCACAUUUUCUGACCUCUGAAGGCAGACUCCGCUGUGUGCAGAAUCCCACCGUGAAGGAAGGUGGUUUUAUGGAGGCUCUUGAUUUUCACACAAUUGCUGAUAAUUUGUGAGAAACUGAAAUAACAGCUAACAAUAAAGUUUGAGGACUUUAAACAGAGAGUCCAUGGCCAGUCUGUAUGGAAAGGUUCUAAAUACACACCAGCUCGGCAUGGAAUGAGAAAAGCCCUUCAGACAGAAAAUUCUGCUUCCUCCAAAAUAUAACUGUAGUUAAACUCAGAUCUAACAAAGCUCAGGUUUUCAUCUGCUUCAUUACACAAUUAUUACCUAACCCCUACUUUACACUGGAACAACUUCUGGGCCCAGAGGAAGAGAAAUAAACAUAAGCCAGAUCAAUACACCAUCCUUAUCCCUGACAAGACACUGGUCCCACAGAGAUGGGUGUUUUCCGUUUGUCACCCCUCACAGCCCAGUAGCGAGUGAGCAAUGAGACUGUCUGCUCAGACCGAGGGGCACUGUAGCCGGAGGAAAGCCCUAGCACCUGGCCAAGGGACGGCCACAGCCCGUUGUCAGUGCCACACCGUCCCCAUGGGGCCACAGAAAAUAAGAGGCAAAGAGCAGCAUUUGGUUUUGCUCAGAGGGGCUUCAAACCACCACUGGCAGAUGCCAAGUGAGCAAGACCAAAACGUGUUGCCUGCGCCCGUCCCUGGCUGAGGGCUUCUCUCAGCCCCCUGCCCGCCUGCCAGAAAAGAGCUCAUGUCAUUCACUCAUCUUCCAAAAGACAGACAAAUGUCCAAAAAAGUUUGUUUUUAUUAUUAAACCUUGUAGUACAAACCUGAAAAGUAAACAAAAAACUGGCAAUAAACAACAUGAAGUCCUCCCUCCCAAGGGAGGAGUGCAGAGCAGCGCUAAUAAAUUAAAUGUCAAACUGUAAGCCAUAGGCAGAAGUUCACGGUCAAAAAGAGGGAAAGUACACAGCAAGGCCAUAAAAACCGGACAACCACAUUGGAAAACACUUGACUCUGUUUAUGUAAUUGUUAAAUAUUCCCAAACAGUUCAGUCUUCUGCAACAACAACCAACGAAGUGGAUCACAGGACGGUCCUGGCAGUCCCACUGGCAAGCUCAGUGCAGUAUGGGUAGCUACGGGAUCAGUGAAUCCAAGUAUGAAACAAAGAACAGCUUGUGAAAACAGUUUCCCUUUUUUAUUCCACACAUACUGUACACACAACCGGAGAAGGGCAACAGCUACUCCAUUAUUAUUUUGUUGUUGUUCAGUGAUGUAAGCAGCACUUAUAAAUGUUACAAGAAAAACCCUGUAAGCAUCCAACCAACCGAUGAAGAAACUGAAAUGUAAGGCUUUUCUUCAUCUUGUCUUCUCACCCCCCUCCCCACCCCCCACCGAGAAAAAGGCUCAAGUAUUUAAAACAAUUUACAGGCUUAUGUACAAAAGGAUGGGAUUCUUUUUUUUUCUUUUUUUUCUUUUUUGUUACAACAUGAAGAGAAAAAAUAGACAAGAUGAGCGCAAAUGCAUUUUCACAUUCAAAAAGAACUGCAGACCUCCUAGUGGCUCUAAAUGAUCAUAAACGAAACAAAUUUAAAAAGAAAGAUUAAUGCUGACUUGUGAAGGUGUGAAACAAGCAGUGAGAUGAAGAUGGAAUGUUAGAAAGAUUGCACGUCUAUGACAAAGAAGCACUUAACGGCUUCAAUCACUUUUUUUCCUUUUUUUUCCUUAAGGAUGCUAUUGAAGGGUUUUUUGAUAAAGUAGCCAACAGCACCAAAAAAUAACAGAAUGGAUUUCCUAAUGAAAUCAGGCACAGGUUUCCCGCACGUGACCCCUCCAAGGCAGGCAGUCUUUUUCUUCUCUCUCUCUUUUCUUUUUUCCUUAAACAGAUGCAUAGUGAUGUGCUGGUAAAGAGAACCUAGUCACUCAAAUCUCCUCAUUUUGCCUAUGGUUAGGAAACAACGUCCGCCUUCAGCUGCCAUAACCGCCCAAAGAAACAAAAUGGGGGUUCUCCGGUUUUAAAAAAUUACAAACUCAUCUUGCACAUGACAGAAGAAAAGACAGCCAAAGUAAAGCCAUUUCUUUUCAAGUUUCUUUGUGUGUGUGAGUGAGUGUGUGUCUCCUAUCCCUUUUCCUCUCUAGAAAAAUCUGCUCACAUGACUGAUGGUUUUAAAAUUUGUUCUCCAAACUUCACCCUCUUCAAAAAUGGGUUAAAAAGCCUUUUUUCCCCAACAGUUACAAAAAAAA